ACUUGUAAAAAUAUAUGCUACCUUUAUCUAGUUCCAGUAUUCAGUAUAGCUAAAAAGAACAAAGUUAACCUAAAAUAAGCUUGGCUGAUCCAUCGUUGAGUUGUAUUACUUAAAGAUAGACGCAGCAGUAAUAUAACGAUAUAAUACAAUUAUUAUCAACAAUGCGAUAAAAAUGAGACGCACGUGGCCCGUUAUCGUUCAAUCGUGCAUCUUAAAAUAUUGCAGCAUACAGCCAGUAAAACGUUGCAUCAGCACAAUGACAAAUCCACUAAUCGCAGUAUGUCAAAUGCGAUCAAUAUCUAAUAAGAUAAAAAACUUGGAAGUUGUGACCUCGUUAGCAAUGGAAGCCAAACGCAGAUCAGCUGCAAUAGCAUUCUUUCCGGAAGCUUGUGAUUACUUGGCAGAUAACAAGAAGGAUAUUGUUGCUAUGGCAGAGCCUUUGACUGGACAGACAGUAGAAUCUUACAAAGAAAUUGCUGCUAAAAAUAAUAUCUGGUUAUCCUUAGGUGGAAUUCAUGAAGCUUUGCCAGAUGAUGCACAAAAAAUUUACAAUACACAUAUAUUGAUAAAUAAUGAGGGACAAUUGGUAGCUGCAUACAGAAAGAUACAUUUGUUUGACAUGGAUAACAAGGACACUGGAGUACGUUUGAUGGAAUCAGACUAUGUAAUGAAAGGGGUCGAAAUCGUGCCACCUAUAGCUACACCAAUCGGCAAACUCGCGCUCAGUAUUUGUUAUGAUAUGCGAUUUCCCGAGUUAUCCCUGAUCCUGCGCAAUAUGGGAGCGCAGAUCCUCACAUAUCCGUCAGCGUUCACCUAUCAGACUGGUGCUGCACACUGGGAGGUGAUGCUGCGAGCACGAGCCAUAGAAAAUCAGUGUUACGUCGUAGCUGCCGCCCAGACCGGCGCACACAACAAGAAGAGAGUGAGCUGGGGUCAUGCCAUGAUUGUGGAUCCAUGGGGAGCUGUUGUAGCACAGUGUGCUGAGAAAACAGGCAUAGCUACUGCAGAGAUUGAUUUAGAGUUGUUGGAGAAAGUUAGGAAAAAUAUGCCAUGUGAGGAACAUCGUCGUACUGACUUGUACUCCAAACUGGAUUAUCAAGAGUCCAUUUAAUAUCAAAUAUCAUGUGCAGGGACUUAAUAAAAGUCACAGGAAAUAUUUCCAAUGCUUCCCAUUCAGACUUGAAAGCUGCUUUUGGAUCAGGAGGCAUAGACAUUGCAGCACCUGACACCUGAUCUUGCAGCAAUCUUGAAGUAUCUGCAGCAUUAUUUUCACCGAGCACAAGUGUAUAAAUGGAUCUCAAUCCAAAUACAUUAAGGAAAUACCACGAAGCUGAGGAGACCCAUGCAGCAUCCAAUGUAACCAACUCUAUACCUCGUUGCAGCAUUGGCUUGAAACGUAGUGUCAAUGGAAAUGGUACUUUUGCUGAAAUAAAAAUGUCAUAAGAUGAUUAGAAGCAGAAAAACUUAUCUCAAUAUUUAUUAAGAUAAACUGAUCCUUUUGGUAUAACUGAAAUUUAAUUGGAAGAAUGUUAAAUACAGCAUUAUAAAUGGAAAUACAAAUGGCACAAUA